AAGCUCACAACAGUCAGCCCACAACCCAUGAAAAUGCUUUGGAAAUUAACUGACAAUAUUAAAUAUGAAGAUUGCGAGGAUCGUCACGACGGUACCAGCAAUGGGACAGCCAGGCUACCUCAACUGGGGAGCGUGGGCCAGUCUCCGUACACGAGUGCCCCUCCGCUCUCGCACACUCCUAACUCAGACUUCCAGCCGCCAUACUUUCCGCCACCCUACCAACCCAUCUAUCCGCAGUCUCAGGAUCCUUACUCGCACGUGAACGAUCCCUACUCCAUCAACUCUCUGCACGCUCAGCCGCAGCCGCAGCACCCGGGCUGGCCGGGACAGAGGCAGAGUCAGGAGAGCAGUUUGCUGCACCAGCACCGCGGCUUACCCCACCAGCUGUGCAGAGAGUACCGACGAGAAGUGCUGCUCCCGUCGGGGCACGGAAUCGAAACGGGACUCACAGAUUCUAUCCCUAUCCAUGGAAUACCUCAUUCUUUAGAAGAUGUUCAGCAUGUUGAAGAUCAAGGCAUUCACAUCCCAGACCAGACUGUGAUCAAGAAAGGUCCCGUGUCUUUAUCCAAGAACAACAACAAUGUAUCGGCCAUACCUCUAAAUAAAGACGGUCUUUUUGGCGGUGUGGUGAACCCCAAUGAGGUCUUCUGUUCUGUUCCGGGUCGCCUGUCUCUUCUCAGCUCAACAUCAAAGUACAAGGUCACGGUGGCGGAAGUGCAGAGACGCCUCUCGCCGCCCGAGUGCCUGAACGCAUCGCUGCUUGGCGGGGUGUUGAGGAGGGCCAAGUCCAAGAACGGAGGAAGGUCCUUAAGGGAGAAAUUGGAUAAAAUCGGAUUAAAUCUACCGGCAGGCAGACGCAAAGCGGCAAACGUUACGCUGCUGACGUCACUGGUGGAAGGCGAAGCCGUGCACCUUGCCAGAGAUUUCGGUUAUGUAUGUGAGACUGAGUUUCCAGCCAAGGCAGUAGCUGAGUAUGUAAACCGUCAGCAUUCCGACCCAAAUGAACAAGUCCAAAGAAAAAACAUGUUAUUGGCAACGAAACAAAUCUGCAAAGAAUUCACGGACCUGCUCUCACAGGACCGCUCGCCCUUGGGGAAUUCGCGUCCGCAGCCCAUACUUGAACCGGGGAUUCAGAGCUGUUUGACCCACUUCAGUCUCAUAUCACACGGAUUCGGGACGCCAGCCGUGUGCGCGGCCAUCACCGCUUUGCAGAACUAUCUGACCGAGGCUAUAAAAGCCAUGGACAAAAUGUACCUAAACAGCAACCCCAACAGUCACUCUGAAUCUGGCUCUAAAGGCGGAGACAAAGACGAGAAGCACAGGAAGUGA